UGCAACAAGCAUUUGAAGAAAUCAGUAGCUAACAUAUUAACAAAGCUGGGCUUCAGAAGCUGUCAUACAAAGAUGCAUUAGGCUUUCCUGGAACCGGAGAAAGAUAAAAGCACAAGGCCACUAUUAAGACACCCUUAUAGGCUGAAAACAUACCUCUUUUAACACUGUUACAUUUCAUUUCAUUACUGUUUUGAUGUUUAAUCCAAUGGCUAAAAUGAUAACACCUCUUUUUCCUGAGCUCCAUUUCAGUUCUUUGUCCUUCCCUUUGCUGGAGUAGUUGAGACAUUACGUAGGCCUGUAUCAGUUAAGCAACCUACAUCAAGAGACUGUCAGAAGAUAAAGAAAUAAUUCUAAAAUACCAAAUUCACAGAAGGAUUUUAGCACAUGCUAAGUUUACAAUGCUUGAGUAAUCCUUUUGAUACCCUGUUAAAUCUCUGCUUUAGAAAAGUUCUUAGGGAAGAUCUGUUUGGGAAGUGGAAGGAUCAGGAGAAGGCACCUUCUGUAUUAGGGGGGAAGUAGGAAUAUAUAAUGUAAAUUAUUUCAUAGUUAAAAUGCUGAAUAAUUUUUUGUGCUCUGCUGCCUAAAGUUCACCACCAGUGAGUAACACAAUAUUGCAGUUUUCCCUUCUAUUUUAUUUUGUAAUGUGCAUGAAGAGAAGAAUUUAUUUAUUGUCUUUCCUGGACACAGCCUGGGACUGACCCUCCUACAUAGCUUGUUCUUGCAUUUGGCAUUUUUCCCACAGUCCUUAGGAUGUACUUCCAUAUUUUUGUCAUCCAGCCACACCCUGAAGAAAACUUAAAAUAGAAGAGUGCUCAAGUGUAAAGGCAGACAGAGUAGGCUGUAAAUGCCUCCAUUUCUGUAAAGAUAAUAAAUAUAGAAUGAGAAAUGAAAAGCAGAGCGUAGUGAGAACUUUAAUAUUUUCCUGAAAAAUGACCUUUUACCUCCCACAGGAAAAUUCAAUAGGAGAGAAGAGAUGGAGCUGCGUAAGUAAAGUGGGUUUGCUCUGGAUUAUUACAUGCUAAUUACUUUGACAGCUGCUUCUGAAGCAACAUCUACAUUCAGGGCAUAUGCAGUCAUUCCACUCUGUCUGUCUCUGUAGAUCUAAUUCUGUCAGACUGAAUUAUAAUUCAAGAUCAAUGGGAGAAAGGGAGAAGUCUGUUUCAAGCAAAUAGUAGCUCUAGAUGAUAAAAAAGUAAGAAAGAUCCUUACCAGAGCUAUUUAGGAAAUUUAGAUGAACACUGCAGAUGGGAUAAGAAUCAGUGAUUUAAAGGCUUUUCUACCUCUUGCUCUGCUUCCCUAUAUGUAUACAUAAGAAGAAUGUAUGACUUAAAAAGAAUAUUGUUCAUGUAUCCAAGUGUCACAUACCAAGCAGUGGAAGAGAUUGUCAUUUAGUGACUUUGACAAUGACCAGAUUUCUGUAUAAGUAAAUUGAAAGUAGAUCUUGUUAUUUUCAAACAAUUUUAAGAUCAAUUAAUUCUCUACGGUUUGUAUGUUGCUGACUCACUGAUUAUUUGAGUCAUUGUGGGCUGUCAUGAGGUGUGAUUAGGUCUGCCAUAUAGCCAGGUGUUCUCAGACAUGUUGUCCUGUUUCCAGACAGAAUAAGAGGAAGGUGAUUAAUUAUUCAUGCUUUUCACAAAGCCUUGUGAGAGGUCCCACCCUUCCAUCCCCCAUAUGGAUGCAAUCCCUGUGGGCCUGACUACCACCAGAAUGGGGCAGAGUGGCUGAUCCCAAGUCUACCCGCUCUGCAGAGCCAGUGCUGCUACCUCCUCCCAUCUGGACAUGUCAGAGCCACCACAGUGGUGCCUUGUAGCUUCUGGACAGAAACCUUGGAGCCCUACAGGCAGAAAGCAUCCAUUUUAGUUGGUAAAAUCGGGAACCAUCAGGGACCACCAAGGUCUCAUAGAGCUGACUGCUUUGGCUGUAUUUUUAACUCUGCAUGCUUAUGCCUCUAUGCAUAUUAAAUUCUUCCUACUUUACCUACAAGACAUAGAAAAAUCUCGCUCAGAUUGACUUGUGAUGUAAUAGAUAUGGGAAUAAUAGGGGUUUUUUACAACUGAUAUGCCUUCAUAUGUUGCAGACAUUCUCACAUCCAGAGAGCUCUUAAGGAAGCAAUAGGGAGGCUCAUUUUACAGCCCAAAGCACCAAGGGAUCUCAUGUUUCUACUAAUAAUAUUCUCGAACAUUUUUGUCCUCACUAGUCUUCAAGUUACUGAUUAUUUUAAAACUUCAAACUUUUCUAAAUAAAAUUUAAACUAUUUUCUGGCAUCCAAUUGCUUCCCAUGUGCUUGGUGUUGCUAGGGAAAGAAACCCAAUUUUUAACAUAAGCAAUCGCUUUUUAAAGGAAUGAGGUUUGUCUUUUAUUAAAAUUCAGUAUUAAACUCCAUAUAGGCUAGGGCUUUUCUUUUUCCUCUAUAUCACUCCCUUAUUACAUAUUAGGCUGACCCCAGUUUUGGGAGAAUCACUUGGUUAGUUCUAAAUAUAGCACUGCAUCUGCCCUUAAAUAGGAGUGAAGGGGCAGUAGCCUUUAUAGAGGAGAAUUAUUUGUUUUCCUUGGGCAGUGUUUGCUAAGCUGGGAAAGGCUGGUCUUCCUCUCUGCUUUACAGUUUUUCUAUAUCCCUAGAUGGCCAGGAGCAGAGUUGAGCACAGAAGUGCACGUUGCAUGGUAUAGCACUGGCAGGUCAGGCUGAGAAAAUACAUACUGUACAGUACAUUGCUUGUGACAUGAGCCUUCUGAACCUGGGAAUGCACCUUGUCCAUCUAUGUGUCUUGUGCUUUGCCUAAAGCUCUCAUUACUGGACCUGUGACUUGUCAUUCUCAUAUCUUGAAAAAGACCUGAAAAGGAAUUACUGGUUGUCACAGAGGAAGAAUGUCUUCAAUAGCAGUGCCAUUUUACCAGAAGAGGCACAAGCACUUUGAUCAGUCCUAUCGCAACAUUCAGACAAGAUAUGUACUUGAGGAAUAUGCAGCAAGAAAGGCUGCUUCCAGGAAGGCUGCUUAUUAUGAAUCGACUGGCUUGGGCAAAACCACAUGUAGACUCUGUGCCAGGAGGGCACGCAGCUUGGCAUAUGAAGCAAUGCAGGAAUCCAGGAAAAGGAGUCAUGAGCAAAAGUCUCAUGCAAGUGAUGAGAAAAGAAUCCGUUUUGCCAGUGAGUUAUCUGCUUUGGAAAAAGAGAUUCACACAGCCAGGCACCGUGCUCGAGAACAUCUGGAUAGACUUGCUGUGCAAAGAAUGGUAGAAGAAAAUAUGGCUCUGGAAAGACAUAUAAUUGAAGAAAGAAUAAGUCGAGCCCCUGAAAUUCUAGUGCGCCUGAGGUCUCACACUGUCUGGGAAAAGAUGUCUGUGAGCCUUUGCUUUACUGUACAAGGAUUUCCAACGCCUGUUGUACAAUGGUACAAAAAUGAGGAAUUGAUUUCUCCUGCAAGUGAUCCAACAAAGUACAGAAUUGAAAGCAAAUAUGGAGUACAUGUGUUACAUAUAAACAGAGCUGACUUUGAUGAUUCUGCAACCUAUUCAGCAGUUGCAACAAACGUCCACGGUCAGGCAUCAACUAAUUGUGCUGUGAUUGUGCGAAGGUUCAGAGAGGAUGAAGAGCCUCACCCAGCUGCAAUAAUGCCCUUCCACUUGCCCCUGUCAUAUGACAUUUGCUUCACCCACAUUGAUGUCCAGUUUCUGGAGAAGUUUGGAGUCACUUUUGCAACUGAAGGGGAAACACUGACCUUGAAGUGUUCUAUGUUGAUCACUCCAGAGUUGAAAAGACUACGACCUCGUGCUGAGUGGUAUAGAGAUGAUGUGCUGCUAACAGACUCCAAGUGGACAAAGCUGUAUUUUGGAGAAGGCCAGGCAGCUCUUUCAUUUACUCAUCUGAACAAAGAUGAUGAAGGUUUAUACACCCUGCGCAUGGUUUCAAGAGGUGGAAUCAGUGAAUGCAGUGCAUACCUGUUUGUAAGAGAUGCUGAUGCAUUGAUCGCAGGAGCACCAGGGGCACCAAUGGAUGUUAAAUGCCAUGAUGCUAACAGAGACUAUGUUAUUGUUACCUGGAAACCACCGAAUACAACCAGUGAGAGCCCUGUUAUUGGAUAUUUUGUUGACAAAUGUGAAGUAGGUCUGGAAAACUGGGUCCAGUGCAAUGAUGCUCCUGUAAAAGUCUGCAAGUAUCCUGUGACUGGUCUUCAAGAGGGACGGUCUUACAUAUUCCGUGUGAGAGCAGUGAACAGUGCCGGCAUUAGCCGGCCUUCUCGAGCCUCGGAACCAGUUGCAGCACUUGACCCCGCUGACCUGGAGAGAACGCAAACUGUUCAUGUGGAUGAAGGGCGAAAGAUUGUGAUCAGUAAAGAUGACCUUGAAGGGGAUAUUCAGAUUCCAAGCCCUCCCACCAAUGUACAUGCUUCAGAAAUCAGCAAAACUUAUGUUGUACUCAGCUGGGAUCCACCUGUUCCCCGUGGCAGGGAGCCACUGACAUAUUUCAUUGAGAAGUCCAUGGUUGGCAGUGGAAGCUGGCAAAGAGUCAAUGCACAGGUUGCAGUAAAAUCUCCUCGCUAUGCAGUUUUUGACCUUGCUGAAGGAAAACCAUAUGUUUUCCGAGUGUUGUCAGCAAAUAAAAAUGGCAUCAGUGAUCCAUCUGAAAUCACAGAACCUAUUCAACCACAAGAUACUAUUGUUUUACCAUCUGCACCUGGUCAGGUGGUGGCCACAAGGAAUACAAAAACAUCAGUUGUAGUUCAAUGGGAUAAACCAAAGCAUGAAGAGGAUUUAUAUGGCUACUACAUUGAGUAUUCUGUGGUGGGAUCAAAUCGCUGGGAACCCAGUAACCAUAAACCUAUUAAAUAUAACAGGUUUGUUGUUCAUGGUUUGGAAACUGGAGAGCAAUAUGUCUUCCGUGUGAAAGCUGUGAAUGCUUUAGGAUUGAGUGAAAACUCACAGGAGUCGGAGGCUGUAACAGUGCAGGCAGCGCUUACUUGUCCUUCAUAUCCUCAUGGUAUCACUCUUCUGAACUGUGAUGGGCAUUCAAUGACCCUUGGCUGGAAAGCACCAACGUACAGUGGAGGUUCACCAAUCCUUGGUUAUUAUAUGGAUAAACGGGAAGCUAACCAUCAAAACUGGCAUGAAGUCAAUUCUUCCCUUAUUACCCGGACGAUUUAUACGGUAGAGGAUUUGAUUGAAGAUGCCUUCUAUGAAUUCAAAGUUGCUGCUGCAAAUCUGGUUGGAAUAGGUCAACCUUCAGAUCCCAGUGAGCAUUUUAAGUGUAAAGCCUGGACUAUGCCAGAACCUGGUCCUGCGUAUGAUCUUAUGAUAUGUGAAGUUAGAAAUACAUCACUAGUUCUUCUGUGGAAAGCUCCUGUGUAUGAAGGCAAAAGCCCUAUUACUGGGUAUUUAGUGGACUAUAAAGAAGUAGAUGCAGAAGACUGGAUCACCGCUAAUGAAACACCUACUUCAAAGCGCUAUUUUAAGGUCACUGAUUUACAUGAGGGUCAUACCUAUGUUUUCAAAGUUCGUGCAGUGAAUGAUGCUGGGGUAGGCAAGUCAUCUGAAAUAUCUGAACCAGUGCUUGUUGAGGAACGGCCAGGAACAAAAGAAAUCUAUUCAGGUGUGGAUGAUGAGGGUAAUAUUUACCUGGCUUUUGAGUGCAAAGAAGCAACAGAUGCAUCUCAUUUUGCAUGGGGUAAAUCUUAUGAGGAGAUUGAUGAUUCUCAUAAGUUUAAGAUUGAAACAGAAGGAAAUCAUUCUAAGCUGUACUUCAAAAAUCCUGAUAAAUCAGACUUGGGAACUUACUCUAUCUCAGUUAGUGACACAGAUGGGAUUUCCUCCAGCUUCAUUAUGGAUGAUCAAGAGUUUGAACGUUUGAUGGCAUUAAGCUAUGAAAUAAAGAAUCCAACAAUACCACUGAAAUCAGAAUUAGCUUAUGAGGUCCUUGAUAAAGGAGAAGUUCGUUUCUGGAUUCAGGCUGAAAGCUUAUCUCCAGAUUCUACUUUCAGAUUUGUCAUUAAUGAUAAAGAAGUCGAAAACAGUGAUAGGCAUAAAAUAAAUUGUGACCGUUCAAGUGGCAUUAUAGAAAUGGUGAUGGAAACAUUUACAAUUGACAAUGAAGGUACCUACACAGUACAGAUUCAGGAUGGCAAGGCCAAAAACCAGUCCUCAUUAGUUCUCAUUGGAGAUGCAUUCAAGGGAGUAUUGGCUGAGUCUGAACUCCAACGAAAGGAAUAUCUCAGAAAACAAGGUCCUCACUUUUCAGAGUUUUUGUAUUGGAAUGUUACAGAGGAAUGUGAAGUUUUACUUUCUUGUAAGGUCGCAAACACAAAGAAGGAGACUGAUUUUAAGUGGUAUAAGGAUGGUUCUGGGGUUGAUGUUGAGGAGCUGCCUGAUCUGCAGAAAGGAGAAUGUCACCUCAGUAUUCCCAAGCUGUCUCGCAAAGAUGAAGGAGUUUAUAAGGCAACACUAUCAGAUGAUAGAGGUCAUGAUGUAUCUUCUCUUGAAUUAUCAGGAAAAGUUUAUGAUGAUAUAAUUCUGGCAUUGAGUGGAAUGAGUGGUAAGUCAGCCUCUCCCCUGAAGAUUCUUUGCACUGAGGAAGGAAUAAGGCUCCAGUGUUUCUUGAAAUACUACAAUGAAGAAAUGAAAGUCAGCUGGUGCCACAGGGAAUCUAAGAUUUCUUCUGGUGAAAAGAUGAAGAUUGGAGGUGGAGAAGAUGUUGCCUGGUUGCAGAUAAGUGAACCCACUGAAAAGGAUAAGGGGAACUACACCUUUGAAAUCUUUGGUGGCAAGGAAUCCUACAAACGCACACUUGAUCUGUCUGGGCAAGCUUUUGAUGAGGCAUAUGAAGAGUUUCAGCGACUCAAGGCAGCUGCUUUUGCUGAGAAGAAUCGUGGUAAAGUCAUUGGUGGUUUGCCUGAUGUCGUCACUAUAAUGGAUGGGAAGACACUGAAUCUGACCUGUACUGUAUUUGGAAAUCCUGACCCUGAAGUGGUUUGGUUCAAGAAUGACAAGGCCUUUGAAAUUGAUGAGCACUAUGCAUUUUCACUGGAACAAGGGAAAUAUGCCAGUUUAACCAUCAAGGGGGUGACUUCAGAAGAUUCAGGCAAAUACAGCAUCCAUGUCAAGAACAAGUAUGGUGGGGAAACAGUGGAUGUCACUAUAAGUGUGUACAGACAUGGUGAAAAAAUGCCUGAAAUUAAGCCUGGUCAACUUGCUAAACCCAAGCCAAUACCACCAUCAGAAGAAGUCCUCAAACCUGAGGGCAAAUGAAGAUUCUGUAACAAGUGGAGCUUCACCCUAUGUUUGACAAAUAGAAUAGAAUACCUGUGCUGUAUUUGAGCUAUUGUCACACAAAAUUAAUUUUUAAUGUCCAAAGGGAAGCUGAGUUUUUAAGUUUGCUUAAAGAGGUAGCUGUGCUGUGGUGCUGUACACAUCUGCAACAAUCUCAUUUUGAAUGCAUAUAAUAGAGUAGUACUUGCAAACAGUGAAAAGACAAAUUCCUGCCAGGGGUUCCCACAUGAGAUGGCAAGUUUCAAAAACAUACAAACUUACAGUAAAUUUUCAUUUUCAUGUUUUUCAAUCCUCUGAAAACAACAACAACAACAACAACAACAAAAAAAAAAAACAAUCCCAAACUCCAAGCAAUCCAACAAGCCUCUGAGAACAAAUGUCCCAUCAGUAAAGGUGGUGAACUGCAGUUAGAUAUUUAGAGAUGGUCCUUUUGGUUUUGAAGCCCUUGGUCCUGUAAGUUUAGUGAAUAGUCUUGCUUUAGUAGUGAUACUCUUGUUCUAUCAAUAGUGUGACAAAUGACAUUGUUCUGUCAAUACUGUGACAUUUUACAAAUGUUCACUCUUUACUCACGGAACCAUAGGCUGGCUGUAUUUUGUUUUUUCUGCUUUGUGCUAAUAAAACUUUAAAAGUCACCUUCGCUACUCACUACUCUAAAUCACUCCUAACUAGUUCUAUUUACUCUUCAUUGUUUAAUUAUUGCUUAUUGCACAAUUUCACAGCUGGUAGCAUGCAGUCUAUCGACUUUCAAUAAAGAAUGCAAAUUAUGGUUAAUCACA